UGUGAAGAGGAUCAUGGUCCCAUGGCAGCCCUUUCGACGCGGGCGGUUUAUUCGCCGCUGCGUCGUGAUCCUGGCCGUUUCUAGCUGCGCCACGUUGAUCAGAUUCCAAGUUAAGUUCUGGACCUCCCAGAGCGCCCGGAUGCCGCCCACGAGGCAGCAGCAGCCGAGGACUACGGAGAUCACCGGAAGUGGACAACACCACAGCGGAGCCGAUCAGGACGGACGCGAGGGCAGGACAGUGGGGACCAGUAGGAUUUUGGAGCCCCAAGUUUUCAGGGACGACGAGGAAUCCGAACACCGGACCGACGACCUCUCGUGGUCGAGUCAAAAGCUUCCCUGGUUCUUCACUAACGGCACCGAGCGGCCUGGAGCGUCGAGCAAGCUGUCGAGGAUCCGUAAUGUGUGGCCCCACCCGCAGUCGCCGCACGACGAUCGCAUCGUGUCCCAGCUCAUGUACCUGCCACCGGGAUACAAGAGACAGCCCAAAAGCAUCAAGACGACGACCAUGAAGAGCAUAAUCCUGCACGGCAGCUGGCCGGAGACCCUGAAUGGACGCGAGCCGUUUCUCAAAGACCGGUGUCCCGUGGACACGUGCACCGUGUACCAGAGCUACGAAGCACACUUGAAAGAGCAAGGCAGCGACACCAUCGUGGAUGCCGUUAUCUACAAGGACUUCUACUACGGUGAGGUGUAUAGAACCAACAACGAGCACCACCUGAAGAUCCUGUACCUCCUCGAAAACCCGAUGAACAUGAACAUCAAGACCGGAGCCACGGGAAUCGAUUUGACGGCCACCUACAGGCACAACGUUGUCCCCGUGGUGAUGGGCGCCUCCCGCGAAGAGUACCGGGCCGCGGCUCCGUACCACUCGUACAUCCACGUGGACGACUUCGCGUCCCCCAAGGAGCUGGCCGAGUACCUCCGCCUGCUUGGCAGCAGCCCGUCGCUGUACAACCAGUACUUCGAGUGGAAAGGCACCGGGGAGUUCGUGAACACGUACUUCUGGUGCCGGCUGUGCGCGAUGCUGCACGCGCCACCGCGGCCAGCGGAAAGGCUGCGCAGGACAAGUUUCCAAGAGUGGUGGCACGACGGCGCGUGCAGGUCGGAUUACGACGUCGCCAAAGCGCGAAGUGUGCGGGACAGUGACGCGCUUUUGUGAGGAAGACGCACACGAUCCGACGGCAGCUGCUGCGAAGCGUCUACUUUACGCACUCACGCGGACAAGUUUAGUGUAUACAUCGCUCGUGCGUUCUCGAAAGGAUAUGAGCCACUGCUUUAUCAUUCGGAGAAUUCGUAGCGUACGUCUUGACUGUUGUCGCAGGCGACGUGCAUACGUGACUGCGACCUUCACACAGCGAACUACUUCGAUAUAAAGUUUCUUUUUUUUGUUUUUAGUGCUUCUGAUCCACGACCUUUUGUGGUUUUCAAUAUAUCAUUAUAUUCUUCUCUACCACGCACCUGCUAGUCUUUCCUUUGCUUGUUUAUUUUUUAGGAAUCUGUCUUCAGUUUGUUCGUGUGCGUGUUCGAUAGGCAUGCACGCUUUGUGCACACGAGCGCUGUAAAAAAUAUGCAGAUAAAUUCAUAUUCAUAAAUGCGGCAGUGAAUAUGCACUGGCGACCGCUUUCGACAUCCAUGCAUGUGACUAAACGCCGCAGGCCCAAGGCGAAUUGCCAGGAUUUUAUUUCGCAAAGGGGUGGGGCGGGUUACACAAUGUAGUUUACACAACAGUUUACACAAUGUAGCACAGCUGUCUGAUACUGGCCAAAUGCGAUUUGACAAAAAUUCGGUCCAAGCGUCUUCUGGCGGCAAGCGCGACUAUUCUCGUAUUGUGAAAGGGUACUUCACUAACACGAGAAAAAUCGUUUUUCUCAUUAGUGUCCCUUAAUUACUCGCGGCUGUUUCAUUGCCACUACGGGUAAGAAGGGAUAAAAUCAGGUCUCGUAGACAAGUGACAGAGAGAGAGAACAAAAUAAGACAGAGGGGUUAACCAGAUUAAGAACCUGGUUGUCUACUCUGUGAACACAGUGUGUACAAUAAAAUAAAACGGGAACAGCUUAUUCGGGUUGCCAAAGGACGGAUGCCUCUGUGUCAGUGACAAGAACUAUAUUAUAUGUCCCUGCAAAUUUUCUAUUCUCUCGAUAGGGCGUGCAAUUACCGAGCUGCUUCUGUGGAUAUGUGCUGUGGAAGUGAACUUCUGACACUAUAGCAGCGGCCAUGUGUGUAUUGUCGCGACAUCAAGAGAGGGGCCGUGACGCACAGAUCGAGAGAAGAGCAGCAGGCCGGUCUUUUUUAAUAUCGCGCGCAGCGAGUUCUUCUUUGUCCUUUCUAUCUUCUGUACACAUCAUAUGCUGCUGAUGAUGAUGACCUUUAUA